AUGGCGUUUGCAAAUGCUUACUCUCCGUCAGAGAUUAUCUGUACGUGGACUGUGUAUCGAUUGGUGACAUUUCACGAGUCGAUGUGAAUUUUUCAAAAUACAGUUUAGAAAAAAAUGUGGAAAAACAUCACGAUUUACGUUUUAUUUGUAAUUUUAUUUAAAUUUAUACGGUGUAACAGUAUAAAUAAGUACUCGUUACUUAUGCCAAAUGUUAGACCAAAUAGAGAGGAAUUGUAUUUAUGUACACCUGUUAGAGUGGAUCCUUCUCGAAACUACUAUUUGAUCAGUUUUGAACCAAAUGCAACAAUGGCAAGUGCUCAUCAUAUACUUUUAUAUGGUUGUGGGAAGCCUGGUAGCUCAAAACCUGUAUGGGACUGUGGAGAAAUGAUACAUGGUAUAAAUGAUAAUGAAGUUCCUUGUGCAGAAAAUUCCCAGAUAUUGUAUGCUUGGGCUAGAGAUGCUCCAACAUUAAUUUUGCCAGAAGGAGUAGGUUUCAAAGUUGGCGGGGACUCGCCAAUUAAAUAUUUGGUUCUUCAAGUUCAUUAUGCGCAUGUUGCAAAAUUUCAAGAUGGUAGAACCGAUGAUUCUGGUGUAUUUCUGUAUUAUACAUUACGUCCGUUAAAUAAAUUAGCUGGUGUUCUACUUCUGGGAACUUCAGGUGUUAUACCAUCUCACAGUACAACAUACAUGGAAACAGCUUGCACGAUAAAAGAGAACAAAACUAUUCAUCCUAUUGCGUAUAGGACGCAUACUCAUUCACUUGGGAAAGUAGUUUCUGGAUAUUUGGUAAAACCAGAUUACACUUGGAUAGAAUUAGGCAAAAGAGAUCCUUUGACACCACAAAUGUUUUAUCCUGUACAUAAUAAAGUUACUGUUAGUCAGGGUGAUCAAAUAGCAGCUCGCUGUACUAUGCAUAGUACACGUGACAGUUGGACACUUAUUGGUGCUACGAAAUCUGAUGAAAUGUGUAACUUUUAUUUGAUGUAUUAUGUUGAAAAUGACGAACCACUGGCCAUGAAAUAUUGCUUUACCAGUGGCCCUCCUACUUAUUAUUGGAAAGAUAAUGGUCUAUUUAAUAUUCCUACUAUAGAGGCAUCUAGUUUAUAAUAAUAUUGAUGUCCUGGUUAAAAAUUGGCACAGAUCUGCGGCUGUUUAUAACGGAAGUAUUUUAUCUAUUUGUUAUAAAAUAGAAUCUGUUUUACAUUUGUGGUAAAUUUUUGCAUUUAAGUUGACAUUACUCGUACUUUAUUUAUUUUUUUUACAAUGUAAUAUGCAUUGUUAUUUAUUAAUUUUUGUUACAAAUAGUCUGUAUUCAAGAAGAACUAUUUAAUUAGUUUUAUUAUUAAUUAUUAUUAAUUAAUUUUAUUAUUUUAUUAGAUGCGUUUUGUAUAAUGAUAUUUUACUAUUCAAUUGUAAAGAAAUUUAACAAGAUUUGACAUUGUGCCUGAGAACAAUCAAGAUUUUUCUAAUGUACCUGCUAUUAUUUUCAUCUGAUAAUUGUUGUUCAUAUACAAUGAAAACACAACAUUGUCUCCAGGUAAAUUCUACCAUUUCUAUUGAGAAACUUUUAAUUUAUGAAAAUUAUGCCAUCACUAUUUUUAUGCCAUAACUAUAUACAUCUGUUAAUACAAAUCAUUUGGGUUUAUAUAAUAUUUUUCGAAACUCGGUGACGCUUCGAGAGUUAGUAUAAGAGAAUAUCAGUAAAAUUAAACAUAACUGAAAGUAAAAUAUUUUCACAAUAUAUCAUAUCGCAAUUAUGACGUAACUUUAUUUUAUCUAUAACUGUAACAAAUAAAAUAAAAUUUAUUUUGAAAGUUGUACAAGAGAUCCACAGGUGCGUUUCUAUGAAUAUUUUUUUAACAUAUAUUGUUUCGA